UGCCGUUUCCAGGAACCUGAAUAGAUCGAUCCAGGCAGAUCAUUACAUGCAUACGUAUUAUACUGUAUAGUUACAUAUACAUAUAUAUAUAUACACAUGAUUAUCUAUAUAUUAUGUAACUCUAGAAGACUAUACUAUAUAUAAGUUUUUUUGUGUUUUAAAUGCAUUUGUGAGGAGGCAAUACACGAGAAUGGACAUCUAUGGAGCCCAAAUGUUGCCUCCUUCAUUGUCUAAACUUUAUUUGUUGAGGCAUGCUCAGGGGAUUCACAACGUCGAGUUAGAAGAGAAAAGAGAGACUGCUUUGUCGCCUAAGCUCUUCGAUGCCGAGCUCUCUCCAAAGGGUCUGCAACAGGUGAAGGAACUGCGUAAACGGAUCCAUGAGUCGGGAUUGCUCGAUAAGAUCGAGCUAGUGAUUACCUCGCCGCUUCAAAGGACGAUGCAAACGGCCAUGGGAGUUUUUGGGAAAGACAGUGGAAAGCAUGCGGAUGAGGUUCGAAGAGAAACGUCUACUGCACAACAUUCCACCGUCAUAUUCCCUCCUAUUAUGGCUCUUGAACUUUGCAGAGAACGCAUGGGGCUCUAUCCGUGCGAUAGAAGAAAAGGCAUAGGCGAAUACAUGGACCGUUUCCCGGAAAUCGAUUUUUCGAUGAUAGAGAAUGAGGAGGAUGUUUCAUGGCAAUCGGAGAAACGGGAAGAUUUGGUGGAGGUUGCUGCUAGGGGAUUACAAUUCUUGAAAUGGGUGUUGGAGCGACCAGAAAAGGAAAUAGCGAUCGUUAGCCAUGGGAUUUUCUUGCAACAAACACUUCAUGCAUUCCGAAAUAAACACGGCAUACCCUUUGAGGAUAAACUCCUAACAAGGUUUGCUAACUGCGAGCUUCGUUCUAUUGAAAUCGACAAGAUACGAGUUAUGGAGGCGGCGGAUUCAUUAGCCAUCACCAGUUGUAGAAACUUCAUCAAUCCAUCCUCCAACUCUCCUUCACCGUCAUCCAUAGAGGCCUUUCUAAAUUAAGACUUCGUUAUAUACAUAGAUAUAUAUGUAUAUGUGUGAAUCCAUUUCCCGGUUAAGUGUGAAAAUUCAGACACCAAACAAACCCUUUGGUCAUGUGGUCACAUCUAUGCAUAGUUCUGUUGUUUAUGUAUCAAUGUAUCUCAAAUAAUAAAGCUCUGCCUUUCAGUUUCAAUUCCCGAAUGU